GUAAAUAUAAACCUUUUAUCAUCAGCAGUUAGAGCAGUUUUGUGGCUUCUAUCAGUUUUCAGCCAAGCACUAGCUAAAGCUUGUAGGAGGAGUUUUCUUUCUGCUCUAGGAGGAUGCAGAACCCCUGACCUCUGUCUUCCUAGUGCUGAUUGGCCCUGUGCUGAUCACAUGCAUUCUCCCAAGAAAACAAAAACCUCUCUAGCAUGUGCAAAAUGACUACGGUUCAGUCUGUCUUUUCAGGAGAUAAGAGGUGGUCACUUGAAAAAGGGGAGACACAGAUGAAAGGAUCACAC